UCUUGUCGUGUUCGGCGAUGUAUGUAUAUAUCGACAUCCCGCGAGCGGUGUCUUCAUGAGGAACGUCAAUAGCGAGACCACUUCGCACGUCGACUCACUACAAGCUGCGCGUGCCGAGCUCAUUGACGUCCGAGGCUGCGCUUCGCAACGGCCAACUCGCGACUCGGAUGUGGUUGUCCCCGAUCGGCAAUGAGUAUAUGUAUCGACGCCCCGCGAGCGGCAUCACGGUGGACUGAUGGGCAGCUGCUUCAGCGAGACAAGGGUAGCAGCACGGCCCGACUCGAGGAAGCCGUACUCGUCAGCAGCCUUGCCAACCUCAAGGCGUCGGGCGGGACGUCUUCCCGCGAGAACAUCGCAAGCUCUGCACAUGGACAGAAGUGUCCGAACGGCGGAUGCUGCUGCGACUGUGGGGCAAGUAUGUACUUGCCAUACGCGUGCGGGAGACACUCGCCUCGAAUGGGACGUGGGCCGAGCGAGGCAUAUGGCAAGGCUCAGGCUCUGCAACGUGCGCGGCAAUUCACCCAUGUAUCGACGUCCCGCGAGCGGCGCGUACGACAAUACGCCGACGUAACAACGUCCCGCGAGCGUGACAUGCAGUUGGCAGACGAGCGGCCUUUGCAAGCUCGCCGCUGUCAGGGGCGGCUACUAACAUGCGGUGAGUCGUCCCUUCGCGUGUUCACAGCCAGCAGCGGGUUAAUUGCAUGCAUUGACACGGUCUAUGUACAGGUACAGGCUCAUCUGCGGACGGUAGUGACGGACUCACCUCAAGGGGUGUUCCCCUUUUUUUUGUUCUUGUCCAGACAUGUACAUACCGAGACCCGUUUUGCGAAUGCACGAAAAGUACCCGAACCUCAUAAACCGCGAGCUCCCUACGGGGAGGCGAAUCUAUGGCCAAAAAAACACCUUUUCUUUGCGGACUUGGGGCGCUUUCGCGUUUUUUGCCUUUCCCCAGCCAAUCUCCGCCCCCCGUCGUAAGCAGCCGUCAAUUCCCUGCGACGAUCCCGCCCGUCCUCGCACGCCGCACUAUCGGCCAUCUCCAACGUACCAUUUCUCUCGCUCUUCUCCUUCUUCGCGCGUUUCUUGUCCUUCUUCUGCUUCACGGUCGACAGACACCUUAGAAAUGCCUCCUUCACCUGGUCAUUGUGUC